AUGAGCGCUGCGCAUACAUGUUUUCGCAGCGCCCUCUCACAGGCUUUCCGUCCGAACCCUCGUGGAAUCGCUGCCCCCUGUUCCGUCGCCGCCUUCCUCGUUCCCGCCCUCGGUAGACGCCCCAAGCGCACCUUCACAUCUGGGAAACGCCGCCCCGCAGACGCUCACUCACAAACUCAGCUUUCGACGCAAGAUGGAGAAGAUGUGAUUGUCCCAGUAUAUCCGCCCAAGCCCAAGGAACGCAUCCACUCAUGCAUACCCUACCCACCUCGAGAGGUCCGUGAUGAUGUCAACACAUGGCUUGCUGCCAUUGAGCCAUUCCUCCCGAACUACCUGCGGCAAGAAACCGAUGAGAAGCCGGAAAAGCCGAUAACGUCACUCGACCUUGCCCUUUUCAUCAACAAGGCCCAGGAUGCCUCUGUGGACAUUCUGAGCCACCUUGGUCUGGAGGCGGGGAAAUGGCCAACGGUCAUCUGGAUGGUUAGGAAGCUCACGGAGGACGGGAAACGCUCGGACGACCUCACUGAACAUCUCGAGCAGUAUGCAAAUGCUGUGUUACAAGGAGAAGAGCACCGGCCUCUGAAAGAGCUGACUGAAAGUCCCCUGCGCCUCCAACGAACCUUUCCGAAUCGCAAGCUGCAGCGUACCCUGGAUGCUGUAACAUCCGCUCCAGAGUCGAUCCGAUAUCCGCAUGUUCCUAUUAAGCGAGCCCUUGGACAGCUGUGGAGGAGCCUAGGGCACAUGAUAUUGUCAGCUGCGGAGCAAGACCGUGGCGGGCAGGAGACUGUCAUGCCGCGUGUCUUGGAGAUGAUUGCAUACCUGCACCAUCUGGGUUUCAUGCCUGACUCAGUCUACACAUAUCGAAAUCCCCUGGACAAGCAUGCACUUCAACAACCUCCGACCCUUCACAUGCUUUCGACCAAGAUCUUGACAGCCCUGUCUGACGCCACCUGGAAUGCUCACGAAGCUUCCGUCAAGACUGCCAAGAAUCGCGCAAAUGCCCACUACUUCCUCGGCCAUGAGAUACCUGGAUCCCGUUACAAGGUUCAGGUCACAGAGGUGGCUCCGGAGCUAUGGCUAGAGCUUUGUUUGUGGUCGUGUUUACACGGGGGUUGGACACUCGAUGGUGCUUAUAUCCUGGAGAAGAUGGCAGCCAAACAAGGGGACCACAGCUGGGCGCUUAUCAGCUGGAGGGAGAUCAUGGAAGCAGAGCAACAGAAAACACCAGCACCACCAAGUCCGUGGAACUUGGUUCCGAUGAGCGGGAAUGCUUUGCCACGUGCAGAAGACCGCGCCCGAACCCGAAGGACGAUAAGCAGCGAAGUCGUUACGGCUUUUGUCGAUGGGCUCGUCAACCAUAUGCGACUGGGAGUCGGAGCUCGUGGUGCUACACCAGAGAGCCUAGUAGCCUCUAUCAAGACCUUGAAGGACUUCUUAGAUAGGAACAACCUGAGUCUCGGUUCCUCAGCUUGGGAUUCCAUCAUGGUCCGGCUCAUCGAGUCCGGCGGCUUCGUACCAGAGAAGCGACCCGAGCUGCUCUUGCGCAUCUUCGAGCUGGCUCCAGGGUUCGGCACUGAGGUGGGCGCUGCCAACGCAUCUGCUUCUUCAAGUACCGAGGUACCCUACUUCUUUGAGCCAACCACUAUUCCACUCAGCAUGUUGCACCGGGCCAUGCGUGCUUUCAUCAAUAACGGUGACAUCCAGGGAGCAUUGACGACAUUGUCCAUGCUUCAACAACAUACAGAUGACAAUAAACAAAAGUCUGUACAGGAGUUCUUCGAAAUUCUUCGAAAUAGUCCGCAGUUACGACAAGACGAGCCGUUCACAAGCCAUCUUCCGCCGGUUGAAUUCCCAGCUUUCGAGAACAAGAUUCCCAUACCUCUCCUCGCGCGGUUGCUGGAUCUGGUUACCGAGUCGAAAAUGUACGACGUGGGCCGUUGGUUGCUGUUUUCCGAUGAUCUGGACGGUCCCAUUAUCGGUCGCGAGUUGCACAGUCAUCGCAGCAUGUCCGCAUCCGUUGUUCGCUUUGGCACAAUGGCUGGAGAGAACGAUCUCGUCUUGGAUGUGAUCAAAAGCGCUGGAACUUGGAACGAGAAGCACCAGCAGCAGCGUAUGCCGGCUGAAAUCUUGAUAGCCUUGCUAUGUUCUCAGAUCAAACUUCAGAACUGGGAAACCAUCAGAGGCAUGCAAAAGUAUGUGGAAGAGGCAUCUACGUUCAGGCCGCGACCUAUCAUCAUCUCAAGCUUUGUUGCAGAACUUCUUCGAACCUCAAAUGGUCCCCGCGAAGCAAAGACACGUGCUCAGAACUGCUUCACUGGACUGCUCUUUGCAUGGGAACAGAUGAUACUCAGCAACAUCCGCGAGGAAUUAUACUGCACACUGUCCAUACUAUCAACGGUAGAUGAUGAGUGGAAGGAUUACUGCGCGCGGUUCCUCUCAUUCUCAUCCCGUCAAGCGGUCAAUCUUUCCACAGAUGACUUCAACCGCGUACUAAGCGGUGUGCUCGACGGAUACGGCAGUGCCAAGGGCAAAGAGAUCGUCGAGAUAUGGUGUCACCAGUCACGCGAAGUUUUUUCGCCCUACAGAGCGCCUGGUGGAUUACCCACAAUGCCACGAUAUCGCGUCACCAAGAGCAAAGAAUACGAAGAUCGCCCAGAAGACAUUGAGAUUGUCCAGGAUGGUGGCGCCACGCUCAUCCUACAGGGGCGAAUCCACCCUAACCGACAGACGAUCUGGGCCAUCAUUCGGAAGGUCCAAAACGAGGUGGAGCUCGAGGAAGGACGUGGCAAGGGGUUAUCAAAGGCCACGCGUGCAGAACUGCACGAUACGCUCAGAUGGGCUGCGCAGAUGCUCUACAAUCUGGGCUUCGAUCACGAAGAUAUCAUUCGUGGUCUAGGCAAUCUCGCACCGCUUGCCAAGCUUGAGGCUCCUGCCUCGCCUAGAGAUAUCUUCAACAUCGAAGGCGCCGAGCCGGCACUGGGAGAGAACACGUGA